AUGGCCCACCAGAUACUACUGCGGGGAACAGAGAGUGGGGGAAACCGAAACGAUCUGACGGACUGCAUAUCGGUCUUGUUGGCAGGGGGGGCACGUUUCUGCGCUUUUAACACCAAGGCAAAACGUUCUCCGUGUUUUCCGUACGAAAAUGACAGGUCUAUGGGCUACUCGUGCACGCGUCACAACCGCAAAGGUUUCGACGUUGACGACAUCCGACACAUCACAGCGAAACACUUCUACGGCAGGAGAAGAGCUCACCACCCACUUUUAGAGGUAGUCGAGACCUUUGUACCCUCCUCGAAGGACAACGGAACUUCUGUGCCUGUUGACGAUAUACCGUGCAACCUGCUCGUGAACCGUAAGAUACAAUCCCCGUCUUUCAUCGAGACAUGUGUGCAGAAUUCGGGCGGCAAAGUGCUCAGAGCCGAAGAAGCAGAGCCAAACGGAUUGAGCAGCAACCACCUUUGUUCGGUGCCAACAGAGCCGGCAGGCAACGCGUUGAGUACGAGCAUGCACGGUAGACUCGCUCGAAGCUCCCCUUUCUUUGGUUUUGAUGGCCUGUUGGGGGCUAGGACCAGCAACCGCAAAGUUUACGUGAACGACGUUGUCAUGGUAACCAUGAGCGACGGAAACACAGUUCCAGUUUGGCUGCUGGAAUGGUAUUGGGAUAUGGAGCAGGCUACGUUGUUGGUUGCCGUCCGACGUUUCCGGAUCCGGAAUGAGGUUCGCGACGUAGAAGGUGGUGAGAGAAUCGAGGGACUUGUACGUGUGUGGGAGGAGAAAGGCACGAGUUCCAAGGUUAUUUUGCACAGUACGACGAUCCAGGACCUCUGCGAAAUAUACACGCGCGAAGAGGUGUCCAGAUAGAUGCAUCUCGAAGAUGAGUGGGAAGGGGGCGUUCGUUGGGCUGAUUGGGAUGCUUUCGUAGGGGAGGGCGUUGUCGUGAAGCGGCAGAAACGAAGAAGGCAAGGAUACAGUUUCCGGAGCCCGCCUCCCUUCGUGACGUAGUCAGCUACAGGGAAGACACCGUUGAUGAGCCCCUGUUUGGCAUCCGAAAGAAGGGAUUCCGGUGCAACACGAAAAACCUCGCCUUCGCGAGCAUCUCGCUCUGUGUCUUCAACGAUGCUUUUAACGGAUGGUCAAUGUCCAUCAAGGUGCAACGUAGGCGUUCCGAGACACUCCUCGGCACCAUCGCUUCGCCAGGGGCAUGCGUCGAGGGGGAGAUCUCGCUAGAGGCAAGUGUUAUGUGCGAGCUACAGCGAGGCUGUGAGGCGACAGCAAGAGUUAGUGCAGCGGAUGGACGAGUGCUCGACGUCGAGGCAAGUGCUGUGGGUUGACAUUUGGCAUAAAUCAAAUUAUUGUGGUGGAGAGAAUUUGUGUGUUUUUGUAAAGCAUUUAUCGCAUUAUUAUGCGAAGACGUUCUUUGUCCCCUCGUCGAUGAACUCAAGUGCCUGUUUUUCUCGUGGAUCAAAUGCUUUUCGUGGACAAGGUUGGUGGUGUUGUUUGCAAAGUAUUUAUCGCACUUUGACGCAAUGACGCUCCUUUGUCGCCUCGUUGGAACACUAAGAAGGUGUCUAUUUCUCUCGUCGAUAUAGUUCGCUUUGUGUGCCACGAUUCAACCCUCUCUGUUGCACGUUUCCCCGCUGAAACAACCAGAUAUAUAUGUUGUGACAUGGUGUGACAUGGCUUUUUUUUGUCGUAAUGUAUCUCAGAUUUUUCUACGCGGGGGUCCACUCACGUGGGUGUCAGACUCCCCACAAAGAGCGAAGCUCCUGUACUGCGAGCACCCCAGCAAUUCCACCAAGCUAUCGUGCCCGUAUUGCAAGGCCGAACAAGACGAACAUCUUCCAACUUGCGGCGACCUCGGGAACGCAAGGUACGACGUUGAGGCAAAUAGGCGGACGUGGGGGGAAGCCCAAGAUGGUUGACGCGAGUUGCAGGCAUUGGACUUGGCCCCGAACGAGCAGACGAAGCGCUCGGCGGAACUAGGAAUCGUGGCGCCUACGGGGGUUAGCGGCGGUGUCCUCGGACGCCCGCUGUGGGACAAGGUGUUUAUUUACCCUGCACGGCACGUUCCCGUCGAGAGUCUUCAUGCC